UUUACUGGACACAUUACUGUAUUCAUAUUUUUAAUCCUGUAAUUUAUUGUUUUUAUCCUGUGCAGUCACGUGUAGUAUUAGCGACCAAGCAGUUGACCUUCUAGUGGCGACGAAGUUCCAAGUACGCUUACGUGGCUAGAGCUACAGCUUUGCAAAGUAUUCCAGAGAGAACAACGGUGAUUUUUUUCGACUAUUGUUACUAUUGAUAUUGAUUCGGAUCAAUCAGGAGAGCGACAAAGAGGAAUUAGUGCUGAACGGAUACCACGCCUCUUCAUCUUGAAGCGACACCCCAUCCACUCGGAUACUACUUUUUGCAAAACUUCCACUUAUUUAAUUGCUUUUUUUGUAUUUUUUUUCUAACCAAAUGGAUAUGGAAAAAGCUCACCCUGGAAAGUGUUGCGAAGUGACGUGUUGACAAGAGCUUACGAGGGAAGUUUGCCAACUUUAGUUAUUGUGGCGGAGUUCCUGUCAAGUCAUUGGAAAAAGGAACUUACAACAUCUUUGGAGGCAAAAUGGAUCAAGCCAGUGGUGGGGAGGAUCCCAAUAAACCUUCUAAGAAGAGGUCCAGCGAGGAUGAAGGCAGAAACAAAAAACUGAACAUACACAUAAAAACAUUGGCUGAUGAUAUGCGUGACCGCAUUACCAGUUUCCGAAAGACGGGAAUGAAGAAGGAGAAGCCUCUCAUCCAGCACCCAACGGACCCCCUCUCCGCCCAAACUGAACUGCCCAUUCCUCAGCCGCUUUUCGACGACCGCUCCAUGAACCUCUCAGAAAAGGAGAUCAUUGACCUCUUUGAGAAGAUGAUGGAGGACAUGAAUCUGAAUGAAGAGCGAAAGGCGCCUCUACGCGGGAAGGACUUGAGCACCAAACGGGAGAUGGUUGUUCAGUACAUCUCAGCCACCGCCAAAUCUAUAACUGGGAGCAAAGUUGCGGGAGGACUGAGGAACAGCAAGCAUGAAUGCACGCUCUCAUCCCAGGAAUAUGUCCAUGAGCUACGUUCUGGUAUCACAGAGGAAAAGCUGCUCAAUUGCCUGGAGUCGCUUCGGGUUUCUCUCACCAGUAAUCCCGUCAGUUGGGUUAAUAACUUUGGUCAUGAGGGUCUUGGACUUCUUCUGGAUGCGUUGGAGAAGCUCUUGGACAAGAAACAGCAAGAAAACAUUGAUAAACGGAAUCAGCAUAAACUUAUUCAGUGCUUGAAGGCUUUCAUGAAUAACAAGUACGGGCUGCAAAGGAUCCUGGGAGAUGAGCGCAGUCUGUUGUUACUGGCGCGAUCCAUCGACCCCAAACAGACCAGCAUGAUGACUGAGACUGUCAAGAUCCUGUCGGCCUUUUGUAUCAUCGGCGAGGAAAACAUCCUGGAUAAGAUUCUGGCCGCCAUGACAAUUGCUGCCGAGCGGAAUAAUAAAGACAGAUUUGCUCCAAUUGUGGAAGGACUCGAGAACCACGAUGCCCAACAGCUUCAGGUCGCUUGCAUGCAGCUCAUCAACGCGCUGGUUACCUCCCCGGAUGACUUGGACUUCCGGAUACAUCUGAGGAAUGAGUUCCUAAGAUGCGGCCUCAAAAAGAUCCUGCCUGAGCUCAAAGAAACAGAAGAGCUGGACAUCCAGCUCAAGGUGUUCAAUGAGAACAAGGAGGAGGACUCCAUCGAACUCUCCCAUCGCCUGGAUGACAUUCGGGCCGAGAUGGAUGACAUGAAUGAGGUGUAUCAUCUCUUAUCCAACAUGGUGAAAGACACGGGCUCUGAGGCCUACUUCCUGUCCAUCCUGCAGCACCUGCUUCUCAUCCGGAACGACUACUACGUCAGGCCUCAGUACUACAAGGUGAUCGAAGAAUGCGUCUCUCAGGUGGUGCUGCAUCGAAGCGGGAUGGACCCCGACUUUGGCUACAGUCGCCGACUGGAUGUGGACUUCACCCAUUUGAUUGAUCAGUGUGUAGACAAAUCCAAAGUUGAAGAGAGCGAGCAGAAAGCUGCCGAGUACUCCAAAAAGUUUGACGAGGAGUUCGGCGCACGGCAGGAGGCGCAGGCUGAGUCUCAAAAGAAAGAGGAGAGAAUCAAAGAGUUGGAGGUGAAGAUCCAGGCCCUGGAGUGUAAGUUAACUAAUGAAAGUGACAAGCUCAAAGAGGCUCAGAGACUCAUCAGGGAAUCUGAAGCCAAGAUUGCAGCUGUUCCAGCUGUGCCUGGGGCACCACCUCCACCACCACAACCGGGAGGUGCCGCGGCACCGCCGCCGCCGCCUCCUCCUCCACCACCUCCCCCGGGCGGCUGUCCUCCACCACCGCCACCUCCUCUGCCCGGCCAUGCCAGCGCUCCACCGCCUCCGCCGCCGCCUCCUCCUCCGGGUGGGGGGCCACCACCUCCACCGCCGCCGCCCGGGUGCGGGCCCCCACCCCCUCCGCCUUUCUUUGGGGGCCGGGGUGGGCCUCCUCCACCUCCUUCGAUUCCUGUCCUCAAACUGCCGUAUGGACUUCAGCCCAAGAAGGUUUACAAGCCCGACACGGUGAUGAAGAGAGUCAACUGGAACAAGAUAGUGCCGCAAGAAAUGGCGGAGAAUUGCAUCUGGAUCAAAGUGAAAGAGGAGAGGUUUGAGAAUCCCGACCUGUUUGUUCAGCUCUCCCACUGUUUCUCGUCACAGAGCAAAGUGAGGAAGGACACAAAAGAUGAGACUGACGACAGAAUGACACAGUUUAAGAAGAAAGCAAAGGAGCUUCGCAUUUUGGAUCCGAAGACAGCGCAGAAUCUAUCAAUUUUCUUGGGCUCGUUCCGCCUGCCUUAUGACGAGAUCCGAGAAAUUGUGCUUCAGGUGGACGAGGAACGACUGAGCGAGUCACUCAUCCAGAACCUGAUAAAAAACCUGCCGGAGCAGAACGAGCUGUCAGCGCUAGCGGAACUGAAGAGUGAAUAUGAAGAGCUGGUGGAGUCGGAGCAGUUUGGAAUUGUGAUGAGUUCGGUCAAGCUCCUGCGGCCGCGUCUCAACGGCAUCCUUUUCAAGCUGACAUUCGAGGAGCAGGUGAACAACAUCCGGCCCGACAUCAUGAAUGUGACCUUCGCCUGCGAGGAGGUGAAAAAGAGCGAAGGCUUCAGGAAGCUGCUGGAAUUGGUGCUGCUGGUCGGCAACUACAUGAACGCCGGCUCCAGGAAUGCUCAAACAUUCGGUUUCAAUGUUAACUUCCUCUGCAAGCUGCGAGAUACCAAAUCGAUCAGUCAGAACACAACGCUGCUUCAUUUUUUGGCUGAGAAAUGUGAUGAGGCAUACCCAGAAAUUUUGAGGUUUCCAGAAGAACUGGAGCAUGUGGAGAGUGCCAGCAAAGUCUCUGCAGAAAUCCUCAAAAGCAGUCUGACCACCAUGGAGCGUCACAUCGUGAGGCUGGAAAACGACAUUGAGAACUUCCCUAAAAGUGACGACCCGCAGGAUAAGUUUGUGGAAAAAAUGUCGGGCUUCUGCAAGCAUGCACGGGAGCAGUACGAGAAGCUGUCCAUCAUGCACAAGAACAUGCAGAAGCUCUACGAGAACACGGGUAGUUAUUUUGCCUUCGACCCACAAGUCCUCAGCGUGGAGGACUUCUUCGGGGACCUGUCCAACUUCCGCAUCCUCUUUUUGGAAGCCGUGAAGGAGAACCACAAAAAGAGAGAGAUCGAGGAGAAGAUCAAGAGAGCCAGGCUAGCGAAGGAAAAAGCAGAGCGCGAGAAGCAGGAGCGCCAGCAGAAGAAGAAGAAGCUGAUUGACAUGAACAAAGAGGGAGAUGAAACUGGAGUGAUGGACAGCCUGAUGGAAGCUCUGCAGUCGGGAGAAGCCUUCCGUGAUCGGCGAAAACGAACGCCGCGCAACGGUGAUCAAAGUCCUUCCAGUCCGGGCUCUCGGUGGCCGACUGCUAACUAUGGGUACAGAACCCUAGACAACCGACGUGCAGUUCUCGAAAGGUCCCGCUCACGUCACAACGCCAACCACCAGGCCCGAUGAUGCUCUCCGCAAGGCUGAUGAUGAGCGCCAAAGGCCACCCGGACCACUUCCCAACCACCCUGUCGCACACUCAAGCAAAAAAAAAAAAAAAAAACACCAAAAAACAGAAAAAGCAACACCAAGUCAUUCAUGCCUUAGUCAUUAUCAAUUACUCUUAAAUGGUGUCCUCUUUUAAAUCAUAGGAAAAAAAAAAUGUUUGAAGGCUGAUGGUGCUCCGCUACUUACGAAAACACCAAGGACUUUGGCGUCAUCAUGUCAAAGAAAACUUCGAGUGCUUUUAACAAAACACACACUGGCUUUUUGAAAAGAAAUUCAACAGCCAAGUUGGAAGACGCCAUAGACAAACACAAUAUACUGACUUUUACCUGUGAGAGUUGGCGUGAGUUAUCCCACAGCGCUACCAGAGCUGGCCGCUGCCCAUGCCGAUACUUCACAGCAUGUGACUCCACAGUUUCAUUUUGACUCCAUACAUUUUAUUUUUAUUUUUUACAGUGCUGCGUUUGCUUUGGCUUGACAUAUUCCUCACAAUUCAAUUUUUUUUUCUGGUCAGUUUUAUGGCGGAGUAUUUAUGUGAGACUAUCCAGUAAGUGAGUGCGAUUGCUUUGAAAAGCCCCUUUUUGUACCUGCUCGGCUCCUUCUGGUGCAAGGAAAAUUCUCUGAUGUCGCUAGUGUGAAUACAGUGAACCCCCAUUUAUCACGGGAAUGCAUUCAAACCUUCUUGCAGUUAGUGGAAGUCUGUAAAACAGAUUUAAAAACAUGCAUGCAUAGUUUUACCCCUUCCACAUGUUUUAGACAUGUUUUUUUGUUUGUUUGUUUUGAUUUGGUCUUAGAAUAUUCUCAGCACCUGUUCUCAUGCUCUUGCUAGCACAGUUCUAUAAAUGAGACAUGCUUGGUUCAAGAUUUUCUUUGUCACUCCUGUUGAAGUUUACCGAAAAACUGAAACUAAAAGAAGAGAGAAUUAAGCUUGAAAUCACAAAAUGUACAACCAAACCCAAGCAUACUGCUGCUUAAUGUUACACACAACACUGUGCAAUUAGUUAUCACAAAGAAACUGGGAAUGACCUUUCACAGGUAAAAAUAUGUUUAGGUUUUGUUUUGCAUUCUGUAUUAUAUAGCACAAGUUUUGGCUUUCACAAAUAUAUAUAGUAAUCGGAGAAAUUGUCAUUUCAAUGGCCAUGCAUUGCCCUUGACUGGAACUUCACCCCUGCCAACAUGGCCGCCACAUUAUUUAGCCUGGCAGCUAGUGCACUUUGUCGAAAACUUCGCUCAUUUUUAUAGUUCAGUGCAAAAUUUUAAACUUAUAUCGAUUCACUACACGCAAAAUGAAAUAUUUAAAUAUUAUAACUUGAUAACUUUUUAACAGUGAAUGAAACUCCAAAAUUCACCAUAUCAAGAAAUGAGAACACGACAUAAAUAAUCGAAAUGAACUGCUGAAAUAAAUUACAUUUUUCAAUUCUGAAUGGGUGUAAGAAGAAAUUUGUGCUACCUGGCUUUAAAAGAGGAAUGGCAUCAUUAGUGAGCAGUGCCCUGACAUCCAUUCUUGCGCUUGUGUUGUUGAGCACUCACUUAAACCUCUGUGUACACCAAACAAGCAGUUGCCCACUUGACAGGCACUGCUCUGAAUCAUUUUGUGGGGUUUUAAAAUAUCCCCUCCUUGAUUUGACACAACAUGGAAGAAACAACAGCCUCUUCUUUUAUGGCUUUUUUGAUUGUCUAGAAAAUUUUAUGCUCUGGUAGCAACAUACGUGCUAAACCAUGCUAAUGCUAAAGAUGAUUUCUUCUCUCCCGUUUGGACCGGUUUGUGGUCAAUUCACUUUCUCUCUGCAACCAAACCACGCCACUGUUCGUUUGGAAGCUCUCCUAGGUGGUCUUAGUACAGUUUAUUUGGGCUGCACCCAUUGAUUGCAGUGAUUGAGUUCAACCAAACACACCAAGGGAGAAAACCAACAAGACUUUGUUUGUAAUUGUCUAAAAGGUGUUUGUAUGAAAGCACCCAAAGCGACACCGUAUAUGAUCCAUGGUGGUUGUUUUGUCUAAUUGCUCAUUCGAUAUGCUAUACAUUUAAGGGUGUUUCGCAUUUUGAUAGAUUUCCAUCAUAAGACAGGUAGAAGUUGUUUGCUGAAGUCCGUGUUUUAGUUACUCCGGUCCUCAGUGAUCCACCGUCACAUGUUUUAAACGUUGUAUUCUUCUAUAUCAAAGCAAGGACCUUAUUGACUUUUGAUGAGGUCCUUUCAGAGACGUUUAGGGUAGCGGGGUUGUUACGGUGUAACCAUAAUCGUUAUGUAAUAUUUUCACUUGAAACAAACAGCCAUUCAUUUCCCCCCUUGAAACAGUACCGGUGCAUUAAAACAAUGCCUGGUUAAUUAAGCUUCUAAACAGUUUGCAUCUUAUAAUACUGAACAAAAUGCAUUGUGUUUUUAGGCUACUGUAAGCCACAAGGCAUAUUUUAUGCGUAAAUUAAAAAACAAGGCGAGGGGAAAAAUUUAUAUAAAGUAUGCAAAAUCUACUGAGGAAAUAUGCGUCGUUGACAGCAAAUUAGUGCUAGCUUUCCCUGGUGGGCUCUCCCGACGCAGCUGCUUCUCAAGAGCAUCUCCCAGCUAAUGAAGUUUUAAACAUUCAAACAAACACGCGUCUGAUGCUUGUUGGUGUUCAAAAUAGUGGAGAAGUCGCCUGGAGCUUUGCGGCCACAGUUCAGGAACGGAGCCUCCAUCGCAUAUUCAUGUAUUCAUGCCUGGGGUGGCGCGGUCCACCCGCUCGCUGCCCCCAACUGUAAGCAGAUGCUGCCAAAAACAAGCAAUGAGUUCAGAGUCAAGAUGCUGCUUGUCUUAGCCAGUAGACCUCCAACCACCAUCGCACUUCCAGUAUGGCCCAUUGAAAAAAAAAAGGGCAAAAAUAGGAAUACACAUAUGUGCAUUUGGAUAUUUGGAGAUUUUACAUUUAAAUCUAGUGGUACCUCAAAAUAUGACCCCCCCCCCCAAAAAGUGCCAUUGAAUUCAAUUACAUUUGCCGUCGUAAAACAUGUAUUAAUUGUACACGCAGUUCCACAUUUAUUUCUUGGCAUUCACUACAGUAUAAGGUAGAAAAUCUCAGUGAUGUGCAGUUGAAAUCAUAUUUGGAAUCAUUUCAAAAAUAAGAUAAUGUGCAUUUGAAUCUGUGGUGAUUCUACAUACAGUGGUAAGUUAAAGUAUGACCCCAAAAAAAACAGCAGUUUCUCAUUGAAAUGGAUAACACGACCUGUGAAAACUGUGGAUUUUUUUUUUUUUAAUUUAAUUGCAUUACAAAGUGUUGGAACUUUGGACCAUUAGUAAAUAUCUGGAUGUACUCCUCCCAAAGGCUUUACUGUCACCACCAGAAAACCUCUCUUGACUAUGCAGGCAAUGUUUUAAAUAUCAUUUGACGUCAAUGGGCCCUUACCAUUUGUAACGUCUAAUAUGGCUCAGUUAACAACAGUAAAACAUGAACUAGCUGUCACACAUGUUACAUGACAUUAAUGUCAUGAUAAAACACACACACACAAACAAAUAUAAGCUAUUGCGGCUCACUUGCUCGCGCAAUAGCUCAACAUUGAGCGCUCCUUUCUGUCAGUCAACACUGGCAGACGCGAAUACACUGAAAGCUGAGUAGAAAUCUGCAAAAAUGAAAAAUGUACUGGAUGAAGAAAGUUCAAAUUGCCAAAUUUGUUUGAAAUGUGGCGUCUCUUUCUCACGCAGAUUUUGGUCAAUCUCCAAAUUGUAAAACUUUUGGGGCAUUCAGUUUUCAAAGUACUAUUGUAUCUAGCCCAAACAAUGUGUAACUUUCUUCCCCACUAUGCUUUUCAGAUGCAAUGUCAUUGUGCUUGGAUUUGUCUACACAUUUUAAGAGACAAUAAAUCCACUUCUUCCUCUUGCAGAAAACAGGAUUGUGGCACUUAUUUGAGGAAAAUGGAGGUCAUUUUUACCCCACCCCCCCUCUUGUUUGAACCGUCCAAUGAACUAAAACAGCUCAUGCCAAAGUAUUAGGGCCACACUGAAGAAAAGAAAAAAGUACAAAUUGUGAGAAUGAAAGGUAUAAAUUUCAACAGUAAAUUUGGAAUGUUUGGGGAAUAAAGCCUGUCAGCACAAUUGUGUUCAGCAGCUCGAACUGAUGAUGGUGUUGGUCUAUCAGAGCAUUUUUAGUGUGCUGAAAGUAUAUGAUUGUUGUUGGCUUGUUUUUUUUGUUUUGUUUUGUCCCCCCGCCCCCCUCCCACACUUCACUUUUGUCUUGUAAAAUUAUGAUUUUUUUUUUCUUUUUUCAAAUUGUCAUUGUACUUUUUUAGUGUGGCUCUAAUACUUGUUUAUAAAAAAAAUAGGGUGGAAAUGUCUUCUCUUUUGUUAAAUUGAUUUCAUUUUAGCAAUAUCUUUGUGAUUGGGCCAAUUCUUAUUUGGAAAAAAAUAACUCAUCACUGAUUAUCUUUUUUUUAAACUGUUCAUAUUUUAAAGGAGCGGCAUGGCUUUCUUUAGAAUCCAGUUUGGUGGAAAAUGUACAGACAUGGAAGGCUGUUUCCUAUUUUCUCCAUUGUGCGGCAGACGUAAUUACAUGUUUAUCAUUCAUUGUAGAGUUUGGGAAGUUCAUGUGGUGACAAAGUCGUAUUUUUUGUGUAUGAAUCUUGAAGAUAUUGUGUUUAAAGAAAAAUAAAAGUGAUGUUGGGCCUUUGAGGAAGUUGCAAAUGCUGCUGCUUCUGCUUUCGAGGGCUUCACAUAAAAUAUUCAUUUUAACAGACAAUUAGAUGAGAUGCAUAAGAACAUUUUCCUUCCCCUGCCAUGACGACAUACUCGUUGUCCCUGUAAGUGUUUGUGUUUCCUCCCUAAUUGUGUUGAAAACAGCAAAAUCCGAACUGUCUCAGUAUUUAUGUGUGUUGUUUUUAUCUUUUUAGCUUAAUGAAUCCCUUCUGGUGGCCAGUGUUAAGGAAAAGCAAGCAGGCGUAUGAAGCCUCCCAUUCAAAAUAUGUAAGAAAGGUGCCAUUUUUUUCAUAAACGACAGGUGGCAAGCACUUUAAUAAUACAUAAAAUGUUUGCGGUGUGGUCUGCAGUCAAUUUGCCUCACGAGGGAAAGGAUUUGCUCAAUCUAAGUUCCACUUGCCAUGACUAACGUAUUUGCCGAAAUGUUUCUUUUUGGUAAAUAGUCCCCAGCUGCCUCGCUUUGUUUGGUUUGCUGCACCGAGACCAAACACGUCUUUUUCCUGUCGUUUGUUUGGUGGCGACUUUGUAGUAAAGCUGCUGCACGUCCUUCGGCCUACCUUUCACGUUGUCGUGACUGUUAAUUGAUUGUCUUUACACCCUUUCUAUUUACAUCCUGCUCCAUUUGUGUUCUUUGACUAUGUGGAUGGGACAUGGUAGAGAAAAAUAGAAGGAUGAUGCGACCCUCUCCUUCCACAGACUAUGUAAUGGAAUAUGAUUUGAAAUAACAACCACUUUUGUUUUAUAAACGGAUUUCUGAAAUUCA